AUGUACAGGUCAGCCUUUCUCAACGGACCCCACUUAGCUGUGUCAUCAGGCUCCCCCGUCACCUGGUCGGAUGCCCUCCUGCCCUACCAGGAGACCGCCCUCGUCUCUGCGUCGGCUGCCAGCCUCCGGGAUGGCAGUGAUUCUGGCCUGUCUGAGAGCGAGGAGAGCGUGUUCUCAGGCCUGCAGGAUUCCGGCAGCGACAGUAGUGAGGAUGACCCAGCCGAGGGAGAGGAUGGGGCCAGCGGUGAUGACAGCCACAGCAGGAUGGAGGAGACCUCUGGGCAGCAGGUGCAGGACCCUGCCCCACACCCCAAGGCCCUUCCAGCAGAGGCUGGCCUUGCCAACCUUCUUGGUAGCUUCUGGAUUGAGGUCAGAAAGAAGAUGGGGGUGACUGUCCCGGGCCUCCAGCAGGGCACACGCAGGAGCGGAGGGACCGGGCACAUCUGGGGACUUGUGCCUCGUGGGCUGCGUGUGACUCUGCCGCGUGCCUCCCAGCAGAGCGGGAACAGCUUCCACGUGUUCGACCAGGGCCAGUUUGCCAAGGAGGUGCUGCCCAAGUACUUCAAGCACAACAAUAUGGCCAGCUUCGUGCGGCAGCUCAACAUGUACGGCUUCCGGAAGGUGGUCCACAUUGAGCAGGGUGGCCUGGUCAAGCCAGAGAGGGACGACACUGAGUUCCAGCACCCGUGCUUCCUGCGUGGCCAGGAGCAGCUCCUUGAGAACAUCAAGAGGAAAGUGACCAGCGUAUCCACCCUGAAGAAUGAGGACAUAAAGAUCCGCCAAGACAGUGUCACCAAGUUGCUGACUGACGUCCAGCUCAUGAAGGGGAAGCAGGAGAGCAUGGACUCCAAACUCCUGGCCAUGAAGCACGAGAACGAGGCCCUGUGGCGGGAAGUGGCCAGCCUGCGGCAGAAGCACGCCCAGCAGCAGAAAGUCGUCAACAAGCUCAUCCAGUUCCUCAUCUCACUGGUGCAGUCCAACCGGAUCCUGGGGGUGAAGAGAAAGAUCCCCCUGAUGCUGAACGACAGCAGUGCGGCACAUUCCAUGCCCAAGUACGGCCGCCAAUACUCCCUGGAGCACAUCCAUGGCUCGGGCCCCUACUCGGCUCCCUCCCCGGCCUACAGCAGCUCCAGCCUCUACUCCCCAGACACCGUCGCCAACUCCGGACCCAUCAUCUCCGACAUCACCGAGCUGGCCCCCGGCAGCCCUUUGGCCUCCCCAGGCGGAAGCAUAGAUGAGAGGCCAGUGUCCAGCAGCCCCCUGGUACGCGUCAAGGAGGAGCCCCCGAGUCCUCCUCGGAGCCCCCGGGUGGAGGAGGCCAGUCCUGGACACCCGUCCUCUGUUGUGGAGAUACCCCUGUCCCCGACCGCCCUCAUUGACUCCAUCCUGCGGGAAAGCGAGCCUGCCCCUGCCGCCCCGGCCACACCCCUCACGGAUGCGGGGGGCCGUCGCCCCUCACCCCCGCCCCCACCUGCCUCGGCCCCUGAGAAGUGCCUCAGCGUAGCCUGCCUGGACAAUUUGGCUCGCGCUCCACAGAUGUCUGGGGUCGCCCGCCUCUUCCCCUGCCCCUCCUCUCUGCAUGGCCGAGUCCAGCCAGGGACCGAGCUCAGUGACCACUUGGACGCCAUGGACUCCAAUCUGGACAACCUGCAGACCAUGCUGACAAGCCACGGCUUCAGUGGAGCCUUCCCCAUCCCCCAUCCCCACCGUGGCAACUCCACUAUAGCCAAAGGGAAGGAGGAUGUGGAAUUGAACAGCCUCAACAUCACCAUGGUGCCCUGCCCAGCGAUGUUCCAGGACACAGCACCCCAGGAGACCCGGGCAUAG